CUCCAUUUUCUGGAACUUAGACCUAAUUCCCCUGCAAAUUCAAACACACUACUUUCUGUUUCUGUUUAAACUAAAUUCAAUAACUUUCCUUCUUUUACAAUCCUGAAUCCAUUGCAAAAACCUAUUAUUGCUUCUUUAUUCUCAAAAUCAUACAAUAAAUUCUUCUUCCACUGCUUCAAAUGUUGAUCAGAAGAACAUUCCCAAUAACUCCUCUCCAUGGCUACAUCAAGCUCUUCUCAUCUCUUCCUUUGUUGGAAUUGGAUACCCAAUUACGUUCCCUUUGUGAAAUCCCCAAUUCUCAAAUUCCCGAAGCAUUUUCACUCUUUAAUCGAGCUGUGGAGUCUCAUAACACACUCCCUUCUCCUUCAACAUGCAAUUUUCUUGUUCACGCAUUUUCAAGGUCAGGGAAUUCUGAUUUAGCUUAUUAUGUUUAUAAGAAAAUGACCCAAUUUUGUAUUUUUCCAAAUUUUGUAUCUUUGAGUUGUUUAGUUGGUUGUUUUGUUAAUGCCCAAAAACCUAAUCUUGGACUUGGUGUUGUUGGGUUGAUAAUUAAGCGUGGUUUUAGUGUUAAUACUAUUGUUAUGAGUCUUUUAUUAAAGGGGUUUAAUAGAAAUGGUGAAUUUGGUAAAGCUAUUGAGGUUUAUAGAAAAAUGGUUAGUUAUGGUUUAUCACCAGAUAUUGUAAGUUAUAAUAUUCUUAUAAAUUCCCUAUGCAAGGAAGGGAAGCUUAAAGAAUCUAUGGAGUUGUUAGUUGAGAUGGAGAAUUUGGGUUGUGAACCAAAUUUUGUUACUUACUCAAUUUUGAUGGAUGGUUUUUGUAAGAAUGGUCAAGUGAAUGAGGCAUUUGGGUUGUUGAAAGAGAUGGAAAAUCUUGGUUUAGAAGCUGAUGUUGUUGUGUAUAGUACUCUUAUAAAUGGGUUAUGUAGAGAAGGUGAUUUCGAAAAAGGAAAAAGGCUCUUUGAUGAGAUGCUUGCAAAGGGGAUUUCUCCUAAUGUGGUUACAUAUGGUUGUUUGAUACACCAGCUUUGUAGAAUUGGGAAAUUGAAAGAGGCCUCGGAGAUGUUUAACGAUAUGAUGGGGCGUGGAAUUAAGCCUGAUGUUGUGACUUACACUGGUUUAAUCGACGGGCUUUGUAAGGGAGGAUUGGUUGUGAAGGCGAAGAAGGUUUUUAGGUUGAUGGCACUUGAGGGUGAAGAGCCUAAUACUGUUACUUACAAUGUUAUGAUUAAUGGAUUGUGUAAGGAAGGGAUGGUUAGUGAUGCUUUACAAACAUUGGAUGAGAUGUUGGAGAAGGGUUUAAGGCCCGAUGUGGUUUCUUACAACACGUUAUUAAUGGGGCUUUGUAGCAAUGGGAAGGUUGAUGAGGCAAUGAAACUUUUCGGUGUUUUAUCUAAGGAUGAGAGCUCCAUUGAGCCAGAUGUUAUUACGUUCAACAUGCUAUUGAUCGGUCUUUGCAAGGAAGGUCGUCUCGAUGAUGCUAUGGAGAUCUAUAGUAAAAUGGCUAAGAGGGGAGUGGUGGGUAGCUUAGUAACUUAUAAUACUUUGAUAGGAGGUUAUCUGCAGAUGGGUUUAGUCAACAGAGCAAUGGAAUUUUGGAAACAUGUCUUGGAGUUUGGAUUGGUUCCAGACUCAGCUACUUAUAGUGUUAUGAUUAAUGGAUUUUGCAAAAUGCAUAUGCUUAAUAUUGCAAAAGGACUUUUUUGUAAAAUGAAAGCUUCUGGUUUCAGCCCUUCUGAGAUUAACUACAAUACAAUAAUGGCAUCCUUGUGUAAAGAAGGGAGUGUGGAGCAAGCUAGGACAUUGUUUCAAGAAAUGAAGAACUCGGAUCAUAAACCGAACCUUGUCACUUUUAACACAAUAAUCGAUGGAACUCUAAAAUCAGGGGACAUAAAAUCUGCCAAGGGAUUGCUAAGUGAGAUGCUAAAUAUGGGAUUUCAACCAGAUACACUAACCUUUUCCACAUUGAUAAAUAGAUUCUCGAAACUCGGUCUUAUGGAUGAGGCGAAAAAGAUUCUCGAGAGGAUGAUCGCCUCCAAUCUUCCACCGGAUUCCUUUGUAUUUGAUUCUCUAUUAAAGGGCUAUUACUCAAGAGGUGAAACAGAAAAGAUUAUUGAGUUGCUUCAUCAAAUUGCAGAUAAGGGUGUUCUUUUGGACACAGAACUUACUUCUACUAUCUUAAUGUGCAUCUGUCAUUGUACAGACAAGGUUGAUAUCAUGGAUUUUCUCCCAAAUUUUGCUCAAGAAUCAUCAGAAGGAACAAGUAUCUUAAGCAAUGACUUGUUGAUGAAACUUGAUAUCUUACCUACCAACACUUGACUUGUGUUAUGAAUAAACAAGUUUUCAUCUCAAGAAAAUCUUUAAUUUUAGCCUUUUGAUCAUGUAAGUGUGUCAUAUAUUUUAGCUAAUCAUUUUGUUAAUAUCUUGUGUUUAGCUCUAGUUUUCUCUCUCAAUAUUUUUUUUUAUUGUAAUUUUCUUUUCUGAGUAUAAUUUCUCAAAUCUAUUGGAUUUAUGAAA